UUCGUCAUAGUUAGGGGUCGUAACCUGGAAAUUCGGUCUCAACUCUCAACUCUCAACAACUCACGUGCUUCCUUGACCAUUGACUGACUCCUACUGCGUGCCUGUUGUUGAUCCCGCGAAAAGCCAUCUGGGUAAUGGGCUCAGCUCUCCGCUCUGUCAAUUCAAGAAGUACUUGCACUUAAUUUCGAGUGCUGAGCCUUUGAUCCUCUCCCAAGCUGGAAUCCUUCGUCGCUGUAGGACCCAUUUGAUCCGCGACUAACCGUGGCCGUCCAUCCGCUGGGAAUCAUUGGAUGUGAUUGCGGCGGGCUUACUCUCCUGAUGUCCGUAGCUGGUGUAUCACUCUGCGCAAACAUGCCGACAUGAGAGGCUCCAUUGUGAGGCCGCUGCGGUACAGCCGCAGUGCCAUUCCCCAGAUCAAUUGCUGGCGGAGAGCGUCCUCCACGCUGCAGCAUCUGAAGAACGCCUCGACUGCCCACCACCGCCCGCAGCAUCACCAUCCUCAUGAGCGCGAGCACGACUUUGUCCCCCACUUGGCCAAGCAGCCAUUGCACCCGCUGAGUCUCGCGGAUCUUGUCAAACACGGCCGCCCCCCGUUGUCGGCCGAUGCUCUCCUCGCAUCCGCUCGCUUCACGCUCUCGCUUCUGCCGAUCCGCCUGGCGCACCGCAUCCAGGCCCUGCGCAACCUGCCAUACAUCGUCGUCUCAAACCCGAAUAUCAGCAGGAUCUACAACAACUACCAGCACUCGCUAUCGACGCUGCUGCCCUGGCAGGGGCGCACCAUCAGCAACUUGGAAGACGAGAUCCGAUUCACAGAGGUGCUAGCGGAGCUCGUGCAGACACACACCGACACCAUCCCCAUCCUGGCCCGCGGCUUCCUCGAGUGCCGCAAGUACAUCUCGCCCGCCGAAGUGACCCGCUUCCUAGAUGAGCACCUGCGCGCGCGCAUCGGCACACGCCUCGUCGCCGAGCAGCACAUCGCCCUGCACUUCAGCAGCACGCCGCACUUCGACCCGGCCGCCAGCCCGACGCCGUGCCCGGAACACCCCAGCUACAUCGGCGUGAUCGACACGGCGCUGCGCCCGGCGCUGACCAUCGACUCGUGCGGCGGGUUCGUGGCCGACAUCUGCGAGCUCAACUACGGCGUGCGCCCGCGGUGGAUCGUCGACGGCGAGCCCGACACCACCUUCGCCUUCGUGCCCAUGCACCUCGAGUACAUCGUGACGGAGCUGCUCAAGAACGCCUUCCGCGCGACCGUCGAGAACGGCAUGAACCGCGAGCCCGUGGUGAUCACCAUCGCGCCCGAGCCCCCCGCCGUGAAGCCCCCGCCGCCGCAGCAGGGCCAGGUGCGCCUCGAGCCGCCCAGGGAAUCCCGCGGCGCCUUCGACCGCGACGCCAUUGCCCCGCUCGACGACAACGCCCCCGGCGUGACCAUCCGCAUCCGCGAUCGCGGCGGCGGCAUCGGCCCGGACGUGCUCCCCCACAUCUGGAGCUACUCCUUCACGACCUUCAGCGAGUCGGACGACGAUGUUCCUGGCGGAUCGUCGUCGUGGACCGGUGGGGACGCGCUGAACGUUAUCUCGGCGGCUAGCCACGGGCGCAGUUCCAUCGCCGGGCUUGGAUACGGCCUGCCGCUGAGCCGGGCGUAUGCCGAGUACUUUGGCGGCGGGAUCGCGGUGCAGAGCCUGCAUGGUUGGGGCACCGAUGUAUAUCUGCGGUUGAAGGGGGUGGGAAAGAUAGAGUGAGUUCCAUCCCGUUUCCGCCCGUGUGAUUUUGGGGGAAAGGAGGGAAAAGGGAGAAAGCUGAAUAUUGGGUAGCUAACGCAUCCCGAAAACAGGCAAGAAACAACUUUUGCGAAGAAGAAGGUGCAGGAUGAGAAACUAUAGCCAGUAAUUUCUUACCAAUACCAGGUAUCUACGUAUCUAGACAACAGUGGUCAUGGCCUUAUACGUAUAGAUUUUGCCUACUAGAAGAUAAUACUCCGUAC